GUAGAAAUAAAACCUGGACUUCCAGCUCCUCAAGACAAGUACUGGGAAUCAAAUCCUCAACCUUGGUUUAUCUGGACACAGUCUAACCAACUGAACUUCUCGGCCAAGACAAAACAGUAUCUCAAACAUGGACCACAAUCAGGAUGUCUACAGAAGGGAGUUAGUGGAUAUUCAGGGUGUCGCUAUGUUCUGGAGCAUUGUUGAGGAGUGGUCCCAGGUGGAGUCAUUUGAAUCCCGACCAGAUGACCUUUUGAUUGCCACCUAUCCCAAAUCUGGAACAACCUGGGUCAGUGAAACACUGGAUUUGAUCUAUCACAAUGGAGAUGUGGAGAAAUGUAAACGGGAUGCAAUAUACAACCGAGUGCCAUUCAUGGAACUUAUAAUUCCUGGAAUUGAAAAUGGCAUUGAGGAUUUAAAAAAAAUGCAGUCUCCUCGAUUAGUGAAAACACACUUACCUGUUCAACUUCUUCCUUCUUCAUUUUGGAAGAAUAACUGCAAGAUGAUCUAUGUAGCACGGAAUGCUAAAGAUGUGGCUGUGUCUUACUAUUAUUUCUACCAAAUGGCAAAAAUGCACCCAGAGCCUGGUACCUGGGAGGAGUUUCUGCAUAAAUUCAUGACCGGGAAGGUGGCUUUUGGUUCUUGGUAUGACCAUGUGAAGGGCUGGUGGGAGAAAAAGAAAGAUUUUCCUAUCCUCUACCUAUUCUAUGAAGAUAUGAAAGAGGAUCCAAAACGUGAAAUUCAGAAGUUGUUAAAAUUUCUAGAUAAAAAUCUACCAGAAGAAACUGUGAAUAAAAUCCUCUAUCAUACCUCAUUUGAUGUGAUGAAGCAAAAUCCUUGUGCAAAUUAUACUACUGUGCCAUCAUUUGAUAUGGAUCAUUCUGUGUCUCCCUUCAUGAGAAAAGGUAUUUCAGGAGACUGGAAGAAUCAUUUCACUGUAGCCCAGUAUGAGAAAUUUGAAGAAGAUUAUGAAAAGAAGAUGAAAGGAUCUACACUGAAAUUUCGUUCAGAGAUCUAA